CGCGGCCUGGCGGGUGAAUGAUGAAGGAUGGCGACGUGCGGUUCGUUGGGGAUGAGGAGGUGGUGGAGUAUAUCACCGAGAAACGGCACGGAAUUAAUCAGAAGAACAAUGUGCGUCGAACAUUGCUAAACGUGAAGCACAAUUCCCAGAAUUGGGAGAAGACAGAGCAGGCUCAGGAGAGUCUGGAAGUCUUUAAUGAGCGUGAUUAUGUGGAGGCCCUUGGAGCAGGUGACUCAGGUUGCCAGGGUGACUUGAGUGAUGAGAUAUCUGCAGCAGGCCGAGAUCUCUUCACUUUUCAAACCAUCAAAAGGGCAGACAAGAUGGCAAAGCUCGCCUCUGAACUAGCCCAGACUCUGGGAAAAAGUGUAACAUUCUGUGCAGCUGGCCAGCAAUUGACAGCAGAUCAGAUCACGGAUAAUGGACAAUCAAACCAGCGCAAGACCCCAUCCAAGAACAAGAGGAAAUAUGUGUCAACAACCCCUUACAGACUGAGGAAAAGACUGACUGAUUUGGCCGACUUGAGUAGCGGCAGUGAGAGUGAUUACUCAUCGUCUGAUUCCGAAGGAGGAGAGGAGAGCACCCCAGAAGGAGUCUCCAAUCCCAGACUGAUGCCAGAAGCAGUAACGCCCACUCCAACACCGGGCAAAACCGCAGUCAAGAAAUCCAGGAAGCUGGCCCCGCCCAGCCUUGUUGAGCUCUACUUCGAAGCCCACAGCAGUUCAAAGGUUUUGACAUCCGAUCGCACGUUGCAGAAGUUGCAGACACCAAAGUUGGACCAGGAAACCUUAGAGAGGCUGCUAAGUGAUGACACUGUGCCCUUUGCUCCCGAGAUCAGGCAGCUCAACAAGCAACAUGAGAAGCUCUUUCGCAAAUGGAUGCUGCAAACACAGUUGGGCUUUAGCCUUGUGUUGUAUGGACUCGGCUCCAAGAGGGAGUUGCUGGAAGAAUUCCGCUGCCAGAUGCUGCAGGAAGCUGUCCACGUGGUAGUGAAUGGAUUUUUCCCAAGUAUCACAAUUAAGUCUAUUCUGAACUCGAUAACAGAGGAGGUUUUAGGAUUUGAAGGAACCUUCCGGAACCCCGUGGACCAGCUCAACUACAUCAUCAGGGCAUUUCAGGAGGAUUCCACACUGGAUCUUUAUCUUCUGAUCCACAACAUCGACGGACAGAUGCUGCGAGGGGAUAGGAACCAGCAGAUACUGGGCCAGCUCAGUGCCAUCCCUGGCAUCCACCUCCUGGCCUCCAUUGAUCACCUGAAUGCCCCGCUGAUGUGGGACCAGACGCGGAGCUGUCUCUUCAACUGGCUGUGGUGUGAGGUGACCACCUUCAAAUCCUAUGCAGAGGAAACCUCGUAUGAGAACUCGCUGCUGGUCAAACAAUCGGGUGCCUUGGCACUGAGCUCACUGAUCCACGUACUGCGCAGCCUCACCCCCAACGCCAGGGGAAUAUUUAAACUCUUGGCUCGGUUUCAGUUGGAGAACAAGGAUAACUCGUACUAUCCAGGCUUAUCCUUUCAGGAUUUCUACCAGCGAUGUCGAGAUGCCUUCCUGGUGAACAGUAACCUCACCCUGCGGGCACAACUGACUGAGUUCCGAGAUCACAAACUCAUCAGGAAUAAAAAGGGUGCUGAUGGUGUUGAGUAUCUCAUCAUUCCUGUUGACAUGGCAACGCUGACUGACUUCCUUGAAAUGGAGGACAAGGAAACCUAGAUGGAAGCGUGAGAUUUUAGCGGAUGGAUAGCCAACAGCUCCAAAAUUCCAGGAGUGACAAAAUCUCAGACUCCAAUCUUCAGUGGCACAUGUUUGAUGUGAGGUUCAGAAUGGAAAUCUACACUGCAGUGAGCUUUGCCACUUGUUCAAUGUCCCAGUGGCUGGUAACCAGGUUAACCUUCAUGGCUCUGUGAGAGUUCGAGAGACUCUGUUUCCUGAGUGAGUGGUGUCAGCUUUGUGCGGUUAUUACCUCGGAUGAUCUGUUUUGCCUAAUGUUGCGAGAUGCAUCCUAUAAUUAUUUUGCUGUGGAAUCCAUCAUAUUUUAAAACCAGAAUCCUUGUUGCCUACAUCACACUGUUGCAGAUGCUGCUGUUAUUUGCCAAGUUCUGUUGAAAAGAAAAAAUUCUAUUAAAAGAUAUUUUAAACUGUA